CUCCCGCCCGCCGGGUCUUCCAGCUUCCCGGCGUGCCCCGCGCCCAGCUGAAUGGGGGCAGUCACAAGAUGGCGGCGAACGCGAACUCUGCCGGUGGUGGCGGCGGCGGCGGCAGUGGCGGUGGCGGGAUCCUCCCACUUUUUGACUGCCCGACCUGGUGAGGGCGGGGGCCUGUGGCGCUGGAGAGCGGGAAAGGGUCCCGCCGUGCAGAAGGGCCUAUAUUUCCCCCGGGGAGACGGGAGCGGCAUCAUGAAGCGGGGAGUGGGCCUGGGUGCAGCAGCCCCUGCAAGCGGGGGAAGGACCGGGAAAGUGCUACGCGCCCUGGAAUGUUAUGCACCUAUAUAUAUUUAAUAUAUAUUAAAAAUCAGUUUAUAAAAACCCACGGAGGGUGCUUCUGAGCAUGGACAGAGAACGUGUUUCUUACACUGCUGUGUGGAGUUAAAAAGGGCGUCUCUGAACAUGAGCAGAGUGCCUGUCUCUUAGUGAAGGGAGGGUAUUUCUGCGCCUGGAAGGCAAGGGGGGAAACGACCCGUUUUAUCACUGAGCGUGCCUCCCUAAUAAAACAAUUUCAUUCAGUACUGCUAAACUCGGAAAUAUGGGAGUGAGUGCUUCUAGUCAUGUUUGAUCUGCACGUUAAGCAUUUGUGGCUGGGUGCCCCUGCGCAGAGGCCCAUUUUGAUCCCGUAGCUGCAAUGCUUUGGAGGAGAGACAACCUUAUUGCAAAGAGGAAUGACGGUUUGUUAAGGUCUGAGUAGCAGGUCAUGUUUAUGGCUGGGGUGAUUAACCAAAACAUGAAACCUGGGGCUCUCAGGAGUUGUGUUGAAAGAUGUACACAGUGACCUGCAUCUAAGGGAUAUAUUCUCAGUAUUGCCUAUGUGUGUUUUUUGCUGUUAGGUACUGGCCAGCACUGUGAAUUCUGUCUUUGUUGAGGUGUUUACAUGCUAAUUGAACCUAGGUGUCUAGGAAAAUUCUUUGUUUUAUUUGAGAACUAGGUCAUGCAAGUAUGUCUAAAAUUCAGAAAACUUUUUUUUUUAAGUGUUAGUAUUGUGGGUUGGAGAAGCAAAAGAAAAUGUCUCUUUGGGGGAUUACUCCCUGCUGGAAAUGGAUCAUUCAUUUUGCUUGUUCGGUAUUCUGCUUCAAUGGGUGUUGAGCCUACUAAGCGUGUGUGUCCUGCAGUUUCUUCUUCAUACAGAAACAAUUUUCUUCUGUGCCAAUUCUAGGAGUUACGUAGGUAACUGCACCUGUGUUUUCUGGGAAUUUGUUUUUGAGUAAGAAAUUUUAUGACAAAAAGCAGUGGUCACUCUGGUCAUAGUGCUUGCCCCAGCUGUCUGAAACUAUGCUGAAGGACUGAAAGGAAAGGAUGAGUUUUUGUAGUAUAACACAUUGGAAUGCAUUUGAGUUAUAGAAUUUGCCCUUUUCAUCCUAAUACAUACAUACAUACAUACAUACAUACAUAGUGACUUAGAGGUUAAGUUUCUUCCUUCCUCCAAAGCAGAAGGUGUAGUGUAAUGUGGUCUGCAACCCACUUUGCCAAAACUGUUCUUGGAAGGACAGGUUUUGAUGACAGGACUGGAAGUAUGUCAUAUAUGUUCACAGUGAAAGGAUUUUGGUAACUGCCCACAAAGGUUUAUCUUUUGGUACAGAUGUCAUGUUUCAGUUUUUGGUUAAACAAUGAAUUAUAUAAUUAAUAUCCUUUGAGAGUCUAAUAAACACAUCUUCCUUUAUGAUGACGGGGCUGCUAAAUCAUCAGAAGAGCUCUCUGGGUUGUGACUUAGCAAAGUUUUACCUUCCGUGCUAAUUAUAGCUGGAGCUAUCCACUGUGUCACUCUUUUUUUAAUGACAGAAGGAAGAAUUAUAGUGAGUGGAAGAUAGAUGACAUAUUUUUCAUAAAAUCAAGUUCCAAUUUAUCUUUUUCUGUGGAAGGAUAUUGUAAUAUUUUCCCACCCUUGUUGUUAGAUGCUUUUUCUUCUGUCUUUAAAAACUAUUUUUCCAAAGCAGCUCACAAAACAGGAAAUAUAAAUAAAUAAAAAUUACAGUUUCGCACAGCAAAAACAGCAGUAUAAAAAUCUAAUCAGCAAAAAACCAACCAGUCCUAAAAAGCCUGACAAUAAAAACAAAUUCUAAAAGGCCAUCUAAAAAUGGGAAGGGAGUGGACUUGUAGGGUUUCCCUGGGAAGAGAGCUGCACAGUCAUGUCCACCACCACCAAGAAGGACCUUUCUCUACCCACCAAUCUGAAUUUUAACUAAUGACAGGAGGGCCUCUGAUGCUAACCUUGGGGCUCAGGUAAGUUCAUAUGGUUGCUUCUAUCUGCCACACAGAGGAACAAUGCCCCUGGGUAUUGUUCUCCAGCAGUUAACUAUUUAGCAGUGAGUUCUAGUACAUAUUUGGCACAGAUUGGGCAUGAAAUGCUUUGCAUGCAGAAUGUCCCAGGUGCAACCCCUGGCAUCUCCAAAUACACUGGAAGAACCUCCUGCCUGAAACUGGAUAAUCACUGCCAGCCAGUGUUAACAAUACUGAGUUAAAUGGACCAAUGGUUUGACUCAGUAUAAGACAUCCCCUGGUGUUCCUAAGGCAUUGUGACAUGCACUGAGUGAGCUUCAUCUUUCUGAUGGAGAAAACCUAAGUAAUGGACUCUGAAAAAAUUAAGCUAAUAAGACCUUGUAUUGCUUUUGAGUGUUCAAAGCACUUCAUAUACAUUAUCUUGUUAUCGUUACAAAUACCCUAUAAAGCAAGGGGCAAGGAAUCUCCAGAUCAUGGAACUAAUUAGGCCUAACAAAGCCGUUUCUCCCAAACUACAUCCACCUGCCCCACACCUGUCAAUGUGUGAGAUGUCAAGUGUGAGACAGGUAAAGAUGUGGCUACAAAGGAACAGUUGUUGCUUUGCAAAUGGGGCUCCUUGAUCCGCGAGCCCCACUUUGUCCAAGUGCAGGUGCCGUUUGAAUUCAUACGAUGCCCACAAAUGGACUUCAAAGGGGCUCCACUGUAAUGGUGGCCAAAGUGAGCCCCUUUGAACUUUGGCAGGUGGGCAGCUGCGCCCACCAGCCAAAGUUUGCUGGCAAGGUUUGGAAGAAAUAAGAAUUCGGCCCACUGGCCAGACCCAAUUCCUCACUUCUGUUGUAAAGUGAAUAUUAUUAUCCCCAUGUUAUAGGUGGUGUGAGACACCUAGCAACUUCAUAGCAGAUUUGAAUGGCGAACUCCCAGUUUGUAGCUCACUCUCUUAGCCACUAUUACAGGCAUAGGCAAACUCAGCCCUCCAGAUGUUUUGGGACUACAACUCCCGUCAUCCCUAGCUAACAGGAUGAGGGAUGAGCUAACAGGGUCACAGAUGAUGGGAAUUGUAGUCUCAAAACAUCUGUAGGGCCGAGUUUGCCUAUGCCUGCACUAUUACAAACAAGCGCCAUGUUGUAGAUGGUGUGAGACACUGAGGCGGAAACACCUAGUGACUUCAUAGCAGAUUUGAAUGGGGAACUCCCAAUUUGUAGCUCACUCUCUUAGCCACUAUUACAAACAAGCCCCUCUAAAUGGAGUAUAAUGACUUCUGAAUAACACAGAAAACCUUAAGUGUUUGCAAACACAGUUUUUGUUUUCUUCCAUACUAAAUUGCUUAAAUGAGAUAUCCAUUACUGUAGAGGAGUUCUUAUCAAAAGGGGUGUGCCCGUAGGCUGACGGUACUCCACUGAAGGUAUGUGCAAAGCCCAACUGGAUCAGGCAAAAGGCCAACUAGUAUGCAAUAUCAAAGGAAGCUGCCUUACACGGAAACCAGUGCUCUGCCCACCUCAGGGAUAGAGAACCACCAGAUAUGGUUGGAUACCCAUCAGCCCCACCUACCAUGGCCAGUGAUCCAGAAUUAUGAGAAUUCAGGUUCAACAAUGCCUAGAGGUAACUGGUUCCCCAUCCCUGGUUUACUUUCACUGGCAGUAGCUCUCCAUGCUUUCAGACAGGAGUUUUUCCAGCCCUACCUGGAGAUGCUGGGAAUUGAGCCUGGGCCCUUUUGCAUGCAAUGCAUGUGUUUUUCUACUGAGCUAUGGCUCUUCUCUUAAUACAGAUUCUGGUCACUAUUGUUGCCAAUAGUCAUGAGUAGGCCUGGCCCAAUCUAUUCCACUUUAGAGCCAUGUAAGCUAGUGACCAGCAUCUCGUCUUAUGGUAGUGCCAUACUAUACAUUAUCUGAAGACCCAUGUACAUGGCAGUGUCCUAAAGGUGCUGACUAUUAAUUUCACUUCAGCUCAUACUUUUUGCACCAAUUUCUUGUGUUAAAGUCCAGGUUUUCCAUCUAUCUAAUUUCAAUGUGUUGCAGCGUUUAUGGUUAACGUAUUGCUUAAGAAAAAAAAGUAUGAGAGUUGGAUUUUGUUUUUAUGGCGACUUCAGAUCAAUGGGUAACUGUAGGGGUUCUAAAUGUGACUUUAUUCCAAAACAAAAUAUAUUUCUGUUUUUGUUUCCUAGGGCAGGAAAGCCUCCACCCGGGUUGCACCUGGAUGUAGUCAAAGGAGACAAACUUAUUGAGGUAUGAAAAUAGAUGCAGAACAAAUUAUCCUGGACUAGGAAUACACUUCUAGUACUAGGUAGCUAUAGAAAUAAUCACAAGCAUCAAACACAGCAGUAAAAUCUCCUGCAUCCUUUUCCCUUUCUCUCCCUCAGUGUCUGAUGAGCACGUUCAGCAAGCUCCCCGAGUUGCUUCCCAUUUUGCUUGAAUACCCACUGUGCAUCCAAGUAUCCCAGAGUACCUUAGAAGCAGGUGUUGGUACCCAGUGCUUCCUUCUGGCAUCACCUUUUAACAGGUGACAGUUCAGAACUAGAAGGGCAAACCUAUUUUUUGCUGUUCUGAGGGGGUUGUGUUAGUUUUCACAGUAACUGAAUCCCAGAUAUUUCCAUUUUACAGACAAGUAUGACAAAGUGAUAUGCUGAAGGGCUCCCAGGUCCAAGUUCAAUUGUAGCAUGCCAAGGAGGGAAUGGACUGUGUUGACACAAGAAUUGCCCAUAUCUCUGCUUAUUAACAUGAGAUAUUUACCUCCAAACUAUCUGUUUGAACUGUAAGCAUCCCCUAGGAUGGAAUAACUUUCAAGCCCCACAAAGCUGAAAACUGUCAGUUGCAACGUACACAUGUUGUUCAAUUCACACAGGUUUCUUAAGCACUUGAUACUAACCAAGCCAUCUUUACCUUUGUUCUCGUUUCGAGUUCAAAGGUAUAACUAGUGAUCGGCUAGGUCUAAAAAGUGCAACAUCAAAACAAGCCAUGACGUAAUCAAGCUCAGUGUGUGGAGGAUCACACUGGGUUAUAACUCAGAGGCACAAAUGAGUUUUUAUCCAUCUUGUGGCUUCAACAGCAGUGAAGCUGAUCCUUUGUUCCCAUUUCAACUUGUAAAAGCUGUUUCUAUCUUUACCAAUAGCAAUACCAAGAAACAUAAUUGCUGCAUGGAACAUCAUUUUUAAUUUGUAACUGAAUAUGGCCACUCCCCUGGCACAGGCAUCCCCAAAUCUGGCCCUCCAGCUGUUUUGGGACUACAACUCCCAUCAUCCCUAGCUAACAGGACCAGUGGUCAGGGAUGAUGGGAAUUGUAGUCCCAAAACAGCUGGAGGGCCGAGUUUGGGGAUGCCUGGUCUAGCAGCACUGAUAAAAAAUGGAUAAGCCCUUCCCUCUGUUGCUGAUAGCUCAUAGUCUUCUGUAGCAGCAGCAGUCAUGAUGGAAAUGUCUUCUUCUAGUGACCUUAUGUUGCUGUCUGUCUGAUGUCUUAUCAUAGAAACUGAUCAUUGAUGAAAAGAAAUACUAUCUCUUUGGGAGAAACCCUGACCUGUGCGACUUCACCAUUGAUCACCAGUCAUGCUCUCGGGUCCAUGCUGCCUUAGUCUACCACAAACAUCUGAAGAGGGUUUUUCUUAUAGACCUCAACAGCAGUAAGUUGAUUGAUAAUUAACCAGGUAAUAUACAGGGGUGGGUGGUGCAAAAGGAAUGCGUGGGGUGAAUUUUCAAGGGAGCUGGGAUUUGUUUAUCCUUACAUUUAGCAGAAGUAGAAAAAGGCUUCAUUAUAUACCAUGGUGGCCAGUGUUAAAACUGGGAUAGAAAAGCUAGGAGCAAAAAGGCUUCUGGGACCUGGGUUCUGGGCACCAAAACAGAAUGCCUAGUCCCCACGGGGGGGGGGGGGGGUUGGCAACACUUUUUAUUUAUUAUUUUGAAAAGCAUGAACUAAUACGCAAUUCACAUAAGUGACACAUUGUUAAUAUCACAUUUUUAGCAGAAAUUGUUAAUAUAUGUUUAAUUUGGUGUUUACAAUAAAAAUAUUGGUACCAUACUUCAGUUUUCAAAACACUCUACUCUUUAUUGUUAAACUCCUUAACAUAUUGUCUGUCCUUAAUAUAUACUUCGAGGCUUCAAAGCACUUACAUUUCAGUAAUCCUUGAGUGUCAGCCAGGUGCAAAAAAUGGCACCUGGGCUUUUUGAGGUGCUCGCAAAUGGAGAAUCUUUAGGUGCAAAAUGCAGCUGGUGCCCUGCUAAUUUCGAACCCUGAUAGUGUCGUUUCCAAAAAGGAUGCCCUGGUGGUUUCCACUAUAGCUUUAAGACUCCCAUGGCAGUGGGUGGUGCUCUUGAAACAGUACUUCUCUGAGCAACAUUCUCAAGUUAUCUUUCUUCCUCCUAGAUAUAUUAUUAUUACCGUCAUUACAGGGCCUUCACUGCAAUUGCUCCAAGGCUUUAGAAUGGCCUCCCUAGUGAGGUUCAUCCCUGAUCUGUUCUUGUGGCUUUUUCAGAUAAGUUGCUGCACUCAGCUCACACUCAGAAAGGGAAGCCGUGGUCUUUUGUUGCACUGUCAAUUUGUAUUGUACUUUAUUGAUUUGUGUUCAUUGCUGUUCUAAGGGUUCACAGAUUUUGGCUGGCCUUCGUCCCAAAGCCAAAAUUUGAGGGUGCCGGAAUCCUCCCCCAAUUACGAGCUUACAUGUUUGUCAAGGACAUUCACUUCCCCUCCUCCCCAGCUCUUGGAGCUGGAGCGGUUGGGGCCAACCCCAUAGUUGUGGAAACUACUUCAGGAACAAUCUCCAGCCCCUUCCCUAACUCCGAAUUUGGAGUUGGGAGGAGGAGAGUAUUUUGGUAACGCGAUGCUGAGGCCCUUUUGAAUGUCUUCAGCACCAAAACAGCCAGCCUCACCCUUUGCUUUGAGAGCACUGGGCAGGCAGGAAAGUGCUGCUGCUGUCACGACAUGUGCCAACACAGCCAGCCCUAGAACUGCAGCUCUUCCUGGAAGCAUAGCUCAGCUGUGGUCUGAAGGCACAUGAGCCUGCCACCUUACUGAACUAAGCAGAUUUAGUCUGAUCAGUGUCGGGAUGGGUGACCACCAGGGAACACCUAUGUACUUUAUUUCAUAUGUAUAUACCUCUUGAUUGUAAGGGGGGGAACGCAAAGCCAAUACACCACAUUGAGUUCUGUAACGGAAGAAAGGUAGAACAGAAAUGUAUGAAAACAAACAAACAAACAAACAAAACUAACCUCUUCAAGCUGAAGAAUUACUCUUAACCACCCAGGUUCCUUCUGACUCAUGCCAGUGGCCAAUGGAUCGUUUGCCAUAGCGAGCAAAAUUGCAGAACGCUGGCUGUUUAGUGCUGCUUGUCUCUUGGAAGCUGUUUCAAAAGCCUUGGAGAAUUGGGUUGCAAAUGUUUCAUUUAAUCAACUAAUUCAGAUUUUCCUGGAAGAACACAGUGAAAUAAUUUCAUACACUUUCAGUGGGGCCCCACAUCUAGCUUUGAAUAAACUGACAGCUAAUGGACAGUUUCUUCUUUUUUUAUUCCAAUAUUCCCAGCACAUGGCACGUUUUUGGGUCAUAUUCGUUUGGAGCCUCAUAAGCCACAGCAGAUUCCCAUUGACUCUACGGUUUCAUUUGGUGCCUCCACAAGGGCCUAUACUCUGAGGGAAAAGCCUCAGACAUUGCCCUCUGCAGUAAAAGGAGACGAGAAGAUGACCAAUGAGGACGACGAGCUCAAGGGUUUGCUUGGACUUCCAGAAGAGGAGACAGAAUUAGAUGUGAGUUCACCCACAGCAUGACACCCAUUUUCCCUUGUGGAGGGAGACGGGGUUCCUUGGCUGGAAGCAUGGCAUAAGCAACAGCACCAGAACAAAAGUCUUCUGACCUUGCAAAUGUUAGUCUGUGCUUGUGUGUGACAUACCUACUUUUGCAGCCCCCCAUGGUCUGGCAAGUAUGGCCAAACCUUUUCAUAGAAUCGUAGAGUUGGAGGGUCUGUGAAUGUCAUCUAGUCCAACCCCUUGCAAGGCAGGAACAUUUUGCACAAAGUGGGGCUCCAACCCACAACCGUGAGUCUUGUGCUAUUUCAGACCACUAGACCAAAUUCCCAUUCUCCCCCGGCUAAACCAGGUGACUUGCUGUUGGCUAGCUCCUAUGUUAUUGUGGGCACCUUGAAGCCUGUCCAAUCCUAAAUGUUCAUGGGGGCAGGAGAUGGGAAGUUUAAUCUUUAUUCUUCGUUGACAGUCUCAUCUUUGGUUUUUUAGAACCUGACAGAAUUUAACACAGCCCAUAACAAGAGGAUCUCCACGUUAACUAUAGAAGAAGGAAAUUUGGAUAUCCAGAGACCAAAAAGAAAACGAAAGAAUUCCAGAGUAACAUUCAGUGAUGACGACGAAAUCAUCAAUCCAGGUGAGCACUGUGGAUGUGUUCUAUGUAGGCCUCGCUGCAUAUUGCUAUCUGUUCCGUGAGCAUUAAUGUAUAGAGGUUUUGCUGGUAAUAACCUUUCACUUUGAAAAAGCUGGCAUUAAACCCCCUUUGGUGCUGAAUACACUCUUCAAAAUUCAUUUUAAAACUAACCACGGUAUUUCAAUCUGAUUUACCCAUACAGAGGAUGUGGACCCUUCUGUUGGACGCUUCAGAAACAUGGUACAGACUGCAGUUGUCCCAGUGAAGGUAUGCUUCUAAAUCAGAAAAGAGCCUGUUAACAUAGCCUGUGAAAACUGCUAUCUUAGAUAGGGAUAGUUGUAGCCAGGAUAAUAUAAGAUCCAGAUGUUCGGUUCUUUUUAUUGCUAGACCAGUAGAAAUAUGUUUAUAGGUAAGACAUGUAAAAAAGACUUGCAGCCGCGUCCUAAUGACAUUUUACAUUUUACCUUUGCUUUGUACGGUGGAUUGCAGUUUAACCUUUUUAAUUUAUUUUUUAUUUAGAAAGACAUGUUUAAGUUAUAAGUAGUCAUUUUUUUUACUGCAACGAAAUGGCUUCUGGCAAGCUCGUGCUGUGCUCCUUCCUCGAUCGAUGAGUUGUUUCCAUUACAGUGGUACCUCGGGUUAAGUACUUAAUUUGUUCUGGAGGUCCGUUCUUAACCUGAAACUGUUCUUAACCUGAAGCACCACUUUAGCUAAUGGGCCCUGCUGCUGCUGCUGCUGCUGCUGCUGCUGCUGCCACGCCACCGGAACACGAUUUCUGUUCUCAUCCUGAAGCAAAUUUCUUAACCCGAGAUACUAUUUCUGGGUUAGUGGAGUCUGUAACCUGAACUGUAUGUAACCCAAGGUACCACUGUACUUAAAAAGAAAACACCAAAGGCAGCCACCUCAAGGCAGUCACAGUUGCAAGUGCCAGCCUUACUUAGGCCUGUGCCUUGGAAUUUAUGAACUCAGGAACGAUUUGGGUUGUCAAAAAAGUAAUAUGUUGUUAAUACCACGUCCUGCUGCUCUAUAAUGCAGUUGUAUUCUGUGCAGCUUCCUAGGUGGCUAUAAUAUGUUUCCCACUGUUCUCUGCUUUUUGUCCAUGCCAAGUGACAUUAUGUUUUGGUAGGAAGGAGAUUUGUUAGGUUAAACCAGAUAAAACAGAUAACAUCCUUGGAACCUCUUACUGUGUUGUGACUAAGCAACCAAUUCCCUGAGGGUAUUACUCCUUGCCAGGUUCAUUCCAGCAAGUACUUAAUGAAAGUGAUGAUGGAACGGACAGGAAUGGGCUUGAUGCUACAAAGUAGUUGCAUUAAGCAACUCAUUGCAUCCACCCAAGGGCCACAUCGAACAUGAAAACCAAGCCGAUUCAGGCACUAAUUCUUCAUACACCAUAUAAAUUAUGAAGAUUUCAUAUAUACCAAUGAAUAUUUGGAAAGAGGGAAGCACAGAUUCCUCUUCAGUGGUUUGUAUUGAGAGGUUGUUUCAAAAAGUAAAUAGUUGUCCUUUCUACUGCAGAAAAAGCGGAUGGACAACUCCGGUUCCCUGAGCGCGGAUGAGUCUGCCACGCGGCGCAUGCAGAACUUUCCCUAUAGCGGAGGAUUGUACGGCGGCUUGCCUCCCACUCACAACGAGACAGGUGCCCAGGCCCACAGCAUUCACGGCACUGCGCUCAUUGGAGGCCUGCCAAUGCCCUAUCCUAAUCUUGCCCCGGAUGUGGACUUGACUCCGGUUGCACCCUCAACGGUCACCAUGAACCCAGCUCCAAACCCUGCUGUCUUUAAUCCCGAAGUUGUGAAUGAGCCCAAGAAGAAGAAGUAUGCAAAAGAAGCUUGGCCGGGCAAGAAGCCUACCCCUUCUCUCUUGAUCUGAGGAGCAGAGCUUGAUCUGUCCUGGGAGACAGGAGCACAACCAGCCAGAGUGGACAAAAAACUCUUCCAAGUGCAGCACCCACAGCUUUCAGAAUCGGGGUCCUAACUGUGUGUCAUAGCCAGGUUACAGGGGUAAGCUCCCCUACAAAACCAACCUCUGGAAGAACUCUACAGGCAUCUAGAAAAGAGAGGCGUUCUCCACCUCCUUCUCCCCCCCCCCCCCUUCUGCGGAACCACACUGCCUACCAACCUUUUCUUCUUUUACUCAACCAUGGUUAUUUUUAUCCUAAGGUUAUUCAUGAAUUUAAGGGGCACUGUCAGGUGUAACACAGAGUCAAAAUUAACAACUCUGUCUUGCAGAGUUAAGCUUAACCAGCUGGUCUCAGGUGAAGAUUCAUCCUCAGAAGUGUAUGUGGACCUGAUCAGUUUUCUAAAGAAGCACCUGGUUCGGGUAUAAGUAGUACUCAUGUAAGUCAGAUAACCAUAGCUUGCUUUUAAACACGCGGAUCAUGAAGUGCUUUUAGUCUAGGUACAGCCCGUUGUGCUUGCCUUGUAAGUGAGUAUCAUCUUGAAGGCUGGAAGCACAGGGAAAUGGUAAGAAAUAAAAAUCAAGCAGAUUAUUUGCUGCUUAGCAUUCUAGAUUGAAUGCACCAAGAAGGAAAGGAAUAUCAAAUGAGAGCUCUUAAGGUACUUUUAACAGUGGCCCUUCCAGAGAAAAAGCAGUGUACUUGCAUAACACUCCGUGUGGGUUGGUUUCCCAUACACAAGCAGAAUUUGUCACACAGUUCUUUUUUUUCCCCCCUGAACUAAUCCCAAAGCCCAUGAAAGGUUAGCCAGUUUCUGAAGUGCAUAAUGACUGCAGUUCUGUCAAAUGGGGAUAUUGCGCGAGCUAAAAUAGUUUCCAGAUCUCAGCUCCACCAUUGUGCAGUUUGACUUCAGUUUUUCAUUGAACCAAAAGUAGCUCUAAGGCUCUAGUUCCAGAUGUUUGGAAUCAAAAGACUUGAUUGAGAUGUGUAUAUUGUACACACUAAAGUAGCUAUGGAAGCAGAGUUGUAUUGUCUUUGUUUGAGAGUCUUAUUAUCCAGGCUCUUGGCGCUGGGCAGGCUCUUAAUCACACUGUUUGAUGGGUCUCUUCUUGGUUCUGUGUACUUAGAUGGUUAGUAACUUCAGUGGUUUACUGUUCCCUGCAGUACAGCAUGGCAGAACAGUGGUCAAAGCUCAGCCAAAGUCAGGCACAUCCUGUUUGGUUUGGUUUUUCCCCAGGGGGGUGGGGAGUUAACCACAUUCUUAAGUCCUCCAAAUGAACCAAGUGGGAUUUUAAAAAGUGAGUAAUACAGCUAGGUUGUGUCUGUUAUUGCAGAAACAUUACAACUAUCCAAGGUUCCAUUUACCACCUAAAGUAUUGAGCAGGACAGAGAAUUUGGGGCCAAAUAAUUCAGGAUAUCUGCUGCUGCUUUAAAAAAUGAGACAACGUAUUCUAUCAUGGGGGGAGUCUGAAUAGAAUGUCUUGAAGUCACUUCACUUCUACACAAUCUGCUUUUGUCUGUUUCAUCUGACGGUGUACAUAGGACCCUUUUGUGAAGAUGAAGUUGUGUCUAUAUUGUGUAGUUAUAUAACAUCAUAUUCUAGGUUGUGAUGAAAUGGCUCAUGAGCUGUAGGAUUCCAUACUCCAAAUCUUCUGUAGCUUCACUUGCAACCUCUCAUCUUUGGGAUAUUUUUAGUUAAUUUUUACCCGGCUAUUAAGCAGUCUUCUGGUAUGGAAGGCAGCUCUUCAGGAUAUGUGACCAGUUUAAAGCAGUUAAGGUUUCCCUUGCUGGAUUUUAAAUGAUUUUUUUUUUAAAGUGACUUGUUUUGCAAGAUGUGUCCCUUGGGAUUUUACUGAUUGCUGGUCUUGGCCCCUCACCUCCGUGGGAUGAUACAGACUUUUAAUUUCAAAAUUUAAAUUUCUUGGAAGCCAGUUCUGGCCAACAUUGAGCAUGGGGGAGGAUGAGUGAAAGGUGUGGGGCUCUGUACAGAAGUUUGUACAUUUGUGUAAUAGGCCUUUUCACACUGUUGAGCUUUUUACCUGUAACCUUUACUACACUGUAAAUUAAAUGACUGUUUUGCCAAAUUGAGAGUUCAAUGUGUGUCCCAAAUCUUAACAGCGC